CAGAAAGAAAGCAAAGAAAAGAGAAACUUCAUGGCUCAUGAACAAGAAGAUCAUCCGAAGCUUCAAUUCCCAUUAGAAUCAGAUGCUUACAAGAUCAUGGAUGAAAUCGGGGUUGGUGUUAGUGCCGUGGUUUACAAAGCCGAAUGUAUUCCCAUGAAUUCAACUGUUGUUGCCAUCAAAUCCAUUGAUCUUGACCAAUGCAAAGAUUUCGACAACAUUCGACGUGAGACCAAGAUCUUGUCCCUUCUCUCACACCCCAACAUCCUCAAUGCCCAUUGCUCCUUCACCGUUGACCAACGUCUUUGGGUGGUGAUGCCCUUUAUGUCUGGCGGUUCUUUACAAUCCAUAAUCUCAUCUUCUUUCUCCCAUGGCUUACCAGAGCAAUGCAUUGCCAUUAUUCUCAAAGAAAUCCUAAAUGCAUUGUCGUAUCUUCACAAUCAAGGGCAUUUGCAUAGAGAUGUAAAGGCUGGCAACAUUUUGAUGGACUCAAACGGAUGUGUUAAGCUUGCUGAUUUUGGAGUUUCUGCUUCGAUUUAUGAGUCCAGACCAGGUUAUGGAUCAAGCUCAUCGACAUCUUCAUCACAGUUGAUGCUAAAUGACGUGACGGGUACUCCAUAUUGGAUGGCCCCAGAGGUGAUACACUCGCAUACAGGAUAUAGUUUCAAGGCUGACAUAUGGUCGUUUGGAAUAACUGCACUUGAAUUAGCUCAUGGAAGGCCUCCUUUAUCUCAUCUACCCCUUUCAAAGUCUUUAAUCAUGAAAAUUACCAAGCGGUUUAGAUUUUCUGAUUAUGAAAAUAAUAACAAAAAAGGUAAGAGCAAGAAGUUUUCCAAGGCAUUUAAGGAUAUGGUUGCCUCUUGUCUUGAACAAGAUCCUGCAAAGCGACCCUCGGCAGAGAAGCUUCUGAAACAUUCUUUUUUCAAGAGUUGCAAAGGUUCAGAAUUUCUUGCAAAGAAUGUAUUGCAUGGAUUGCCUAUGGUUGAAGAAAGGUUCAGGGUCAGCAAAAUUCUUCGGAAAGGUGUUAAUCUUGAAGCAGAUGAAGAUGUUGAUGGGGAGUCUCAGCUUGUUAAAUAUAGAAGGAUUAGUGGGUGGAACUUCAACGAAGAUGACUUCCAGCUUGAACCUGUAUUCCCCAAUGAAUCAAAAGAGGAUCUAAUUGUGAAACAGGUUCAUUUUGGUGGCGAAACGAUAAUUCCAGAAAUAGUAGAUGAGACGGCUGGAUUAAGGAAUUCUGGAACUACAAAUUUGAAUUCACCAGAAGCGGAGUCAAGUUUGCUUAGUUCAAGAGGGGAGGGAGGAGAUGAAGGUUCUUCACCAUCAUCAUGGGGAAUUCGGGGCAAAGAAGAGUCUGGAAUUGAGGGAAUUGUAGGAGAUGAGGCUGGAAUUGAGAGUAUUGUUAAUACAGAUAUAAUGAUGGGUGGCUUGACGGCACUGAAAAGAAGUUUGGAUGAUCAAAGGCAGAGGGUGACAGAUCUAAUUGCCCUGUUUGGAGGGGAUGUGACCAGCAGAGAAGAUCAAUUGUUGCAGUUAAUCGAGAGGUUGAGGUUGGACGUGGAAAAUGAAAGGCAAAAGAACUUUCAAUUAGAGAUGGAAUUGGAGUUUCUCAAAAUUCAUAUUUCCGGUGCAGAUGAAAACAAUUGAAGUUUGCACAACUAUUAUCGUUAGCGUCGGUUGAAGAUUUUGAGAUAUUACGGUGAAAUUUUAGUCUAUUUUCAUGUUUUCUUGCCUAGAACCUGUUCUUUGUGUUCUUUGGUUCUGGGUUUUAGUACUACAUAUACGAUAUCAGUGAUGAAAAUUUAUGCUCUAGGAUAAUUUGGGAUAUGCCAAACAGGUCUAAUCUGAUUUCAUCUAACAGAAGAAAUUGAGAUAUUAUGAGAUAAUCUUUUGGCGUCCUUUUAUUGCAGAGUUCAAUCGUCAAU